AUGAUCCCCGCUCCUCGCGCCUCCACUGCCGGAGGCAGCGGGUGGCGCCGCGUCCUCCUCGCCCUCGCCCUCCUCCUCCUCACCCUCGCGCCACCCGCAUCAGCGCAGCCGACGCCGACGAGCCCAGCGCUGCAGGCGGCUUACACGGCGCUACAAGCGUGGAAGCGGACGGCCAUCUUCUCGGACCCGUCCAACUUCACAUCCAACUGGGUCGGCCCGAACGUGUGCGCCUACAACGGCAUCUACUGCGCGCCGCGGCCCUCCGACGGGGCGCUGGCCGUGGCGGGGAUCGACCUGAACCACGCCGACAUCGCGGGCCACAUCCCGGCCGACCUUCCCCUGGGCCUCCCCGACCUCGCGCUGCUCCACCUCAACUCCAACCGCUUCUGCGGGGUGCUGCCCGACACCUUCCUCCGCCUGCGCCUCCUCCACGAGCUCGACCUCAGCAACAACCGCUUCGUUGGCGCGUUCCCCGCCGUCGUCCUGGGUCUCCCCGCGCUCAGGGACCCAUUCCGCCGGCGGUCUUUCGACCGCCCGCUCGACGCCAUCAUUCUCAACUCCAACCGCCUCCGUGGCCCCAUCCCGGGGAACCUCGGCAACUCCCCCGCGUCCGUGGUGGUGCUCGCGCACAACCGUCUCGGCGGGUGUAUCCCGCCGUCGAUUGGGAGGAUGGCGGACACGCUCAAUGAGAUCGUGCUCAUCGACGACGACCUCACCGGCUGCGUCCCACCGCAGGUCGGGUUGCUUAGGAAGGUCACGGUGUUUGAUGUCAGUGGGAACCACCUCCAGGGCCCGCUGCCGGCGAGCGUCGGUGGGAUGGCUGCCGUCCAGCAGCUCAAUGUGGCCGGGAACCUGCUCAGGGGGCCCGUGCCGCCGGCCGUGUGCGUGCUGCAGGGGACGCUCAGGAACUUCACCUACGAGGACAACUUCUUCACCUCGCGCCCUGGGUGCGCCGUCGCCACGGCGGACGGCAGGUGGAACUGCAUCCCUGGCGCUCCCGCGCAGCGCCCGCCGCCGCAGUGCGCCGCCGCGGCCGCGCCGUUCGACUGCAGGACGGCGCAAUGCCAGGCGCCGCCCACGUCUGGCCCGCCUGGGUCGGGUCCCGGCGGGCCUUCACAGCCGCUGCCACCGCCUGGCUCCACCACGCCGUCGUACCCGUCCCCGCCAGGGAGCUCCACCACGCCGUCGCACCUGUCGCCGCCCACAGACGGCAGCAGCCCCAAGCCAUCAAUGCCGCCUUCAUCCCAUGGUGGCUCGCCUCCGUCGUCCGGCUACCAGCCGCCGCCGCCGCCGUCGUCCGGAGCAUCCCGGUGGCGUCUGGCCGCCGCACACGCCAACGGCUCCCGGCACGCCAGGAUCAGCAUACCCUCCGGGGACACCAGGAUCGCCAUCCACACCGACUACUCCGGGCACCCCAGGUUCGACAUUCCCGCCGACGACCCCCGGAGCGCCAGGGUCGUCGCCAUCCACCCCGACGGCUCCAGGCACGCCAGGUUCAACAUACCCACCGACGACUCCGGGCGCAUCAGGGUCGUCACCAUCCACGCCGACGACUCCGGGCACCCCAGGUUCGACAUUCCCGCCGACGACCCCCGGAGCGCCAGGGUCGUCGCCAUCCACCCCGACGGCUCCAGGCACGCCAGGUUCAACAUACCCACCGACGACUCCGGGCGCACCAGGGUCGUCACCAUCCACGCCGACGACUCCGGGCACGCCAGGUUCAACAUACCCGCCGACGACUCCGGGCGCACCAGGGUCAUCGCCAUCCACGCCGACGACUCCGGGCACGCCAGGUUCAACGUUCCCGCCGACGACACCCGGCUACCACCCUCCGUCCCCAGGUGGUAG